CUUGUCCAUGUAGGGAAUCCGGGUUCUGUUGGUGAGAAACGGUUCUGAGAAUGAGAAACUGAGCAGUCCAGUGGUCACCGGGCUUCGUCAAUUACUCUCUCCGUGACCUUGGGCAAGAUGCUUAACCUCUCAGCCUCGCCUUCCUCAUUCACAACACUGAGAUAUAACAUAACUCCUUCGGAGGGUGACUGGGAGGGCUGAACCGGUGACUGUGAGAAAAGCGGCUGGUGGCACCCCGUGCACUCCGCGUAAAGGGGCGCCGAUGACCACCUCGGGGAAGAGUUGGACAGAGCACCCGACGGCGGUUGAUUCAGCUGGGCGGGUGGGUGCCAGGUGCCACUGGCCAUUGUCCAGACAGGUGUGUGCAAGCCAAAGAAGCAUGAGGACCCUGGAAGACUCCUCAGGGACAGUCCUGCACCGCCUCAUCCAGGAGCAGCUGCGCUACGGCAACCUGACGGAGACGCGUACUCUGCUGGCCAUCCAGCAGCAGGCCCUGCGUGGUGGGGCCGGAGCUGGGGGCACAGGGAGCCCCCAGGCCUCCCUGGAGAUCUUGGCACCCGAGGACAGUCAGGUGCUGCAGCAGGCCACAAGGCAGGAGCCCCAGGGCCAGGAGCACCAGGGCGGUGAGACACACCUGGCAGAGAACACCCUCUACCGGCUGUGCCCCCAGCCCAACAAGGGCGAGGAGCUGCCCACCUAUGAGGAGGCCAAAGCCCAUUCACAGUACUAUGCGGCCCAGCAGGCAGGGCCCCGGCCUCAUGGUGGGGAUCGGGAUCCUCGUGGAGCCCCGGGAGGCAGUCGGCGGCAGGAUGAGGCCCUGCGAGAGCUGAGGCAUGGGCACGUGCGCUCCCUGAGUGAACGGCUUCUGCAGCUGUCCCUGGAGAGGAACGGCGCCCGAGUCCCCAGCCACAUGAGCUCCUCCCACAGCUUCCCACAGCUGGCCCGCAGCCAGCAGGGCCCCCUACCCCGGGGACCCCCUGCUGAGGGCCCAGAGCCCCGUGGACCCCCACCUCAGUACCCACAUGUUGUACUAGCUCAUGAGACCACCACUGCUGUCGCUGACCCACGGUACCGCACCCGCAGCAGCCCACACUUCCAGCAUGCUGAAGUCAGGAUCCUGCAGGCCCAGGUGCCUCCUGUGUUUCUCCAGCAGCAGCAGCAGUACCAGUACCUGCAGCAGCCCCAGGAGCAUCCCCCGCCACCACACCCAGCCACUCUCAGCCAUGGCCCCCUGGGCUCUCUCAGUCCACCUGGGGUGGAGGGGCCAGCAAGUGCCCAGGCCUCCUCAGGUAGUGCCCACCUGGCCCAGAUGGAGACUGUGCUGAGGGAGAAUGCCAGGCUGCAGAGAGACAACGAGAGGCUGCACAGGGAGCUGGAGAGCUCAGCGGAGAAGGCUGGCCGCAUUGAGAAGCUGGAAGGUGAGAUCCAGCGGCUCUCUGAGGCCCACGAGAGCCUGACAAGAGCCUCUUCCAAGCGGGAGGCCCUGGAGAAGACCAUGCGGAACAAGAUGGACAGUGAGAUGAGGAGGCUGCAGGACUUCAACCGGGAUCUUAGAGAGAGAUUGGAAUCUGCAAACCGCCGACUGGCAAGCAAGACACAGGAGGCUCAGACGGGCAGUCAGGACAUGGUGGCCAAGCUGCUUGCUCAGAGCUACGAGCAGCAGCAAGAGCAGGAGAAGCUGGAGCGGGAGAUGGCUCUGCUGCGCGGUGCCAUCGAGGACCAGAGGCGGCGCGCCGAGCUGCUGGAGCAGGCCCUGGGCAACGCUCAGGGCCGGGCAGCACGAGCCGAGGAGGAGCUGCGCAAGAAGCAGGCGUACGUGGAGAAGGUGGAGCGGCUGCAGCAGGCACUCGGGCAGCUGCAGGCCGCCUGCGAGAAGCGGGAGCAGCUGGAGCUGCGUCUGCGGACGCGCCUGGAGCAGGAACUCAAGGCCCUGCGUGCACAGCAGAGACAGGCAGGCACCCCUAGUGGUGGGAGUGGCAGUGGUGGGUCCCCAGAGCUUAGUGCUCUGCGGCUGUCGGAGCAACUGCGCGAGAAGGAGGAGCAGAUCCUGGCACUGGAGGCUGACAUGACCAAGUGGGAACAGAAGUAUCUGGAGGAACGUGCCAUGAGGCAGUUUGCCAUGGACGCGGCCGCUACAGCUGCCGCACAGCGCGACACCACCCUCAUCCGACACUCCCCUCAGCCCUCGCCCAGCAGCAGCUUCAACGAGGGCCUGCUCACCGGCGGCCACAGGCAUCAGGAGAUGGAAAGCAGGUUAAAGGUGCUCCAUGCCCAGAUCCUGGAGAAGGAUGCAGUGAUCAAGGUCCUUCAGCAACGCUCCAGGAAAGACCCUGGCAAGGCCACCCAGGGCUCCCUGCGGCCUGCCAAGUCGGUGCCAUCUAUCUUUGCGGCUGCAGCAGCAGGGACCCAGGGCUGGCAAGGGUUCUCAUCUAGUGAGCGGCAAGUGGAUGCCCCUGCCAGACUAGCAACAGACAGGGCACCCUCGGAGGAGCUGGUGGCUACAGCUCCCCUCCCUGCCCAUGCCAAACACGGGAGCAGAGAUGGGAGCACACAGACUGAUGGCCUAGCAGAUGGUGCCUCUGCCUGCCUGGCCUCAGAGCCCGGCAGCCUGCUGGGGUUCAGCAGUGGCCAGAGGGCAGCCUCUCUGGACUCGGUAGCUACGUCCAGAGUCCAGGACUUGUCGGACAUGGUGGAGAUACUGAUCUGAAAGAGCUGGGGCCUUGGGGACUCAGAACCUUUUCCUCCCCUCCUUUGUCCUUUACCACUUGGCCAUUCCAGCAGCCCCCUUCAACUGCUGCCGCCCCACUUACCCCAGCCAGACACUUGUUCCCGCUGACAGUCUGGUCCUGGGAGCUCGGGAAGGAGUGCUACGGGGCUGAGGGGAGCUGUGAGAGCCCCAGCGCCCCGGAAGACUCUGCCUCUUAGCCCACAUCCCUCCCGGGCCUGUGGAGCAUGAGGAUUCAGCCUUCACCUGCUGCCUGAGGCUUGCUGCUGGGGUAGCAACUGAAAGCUCAGAAAGGAGCUGAGCCCCUUGUGCCCACCAGUCGGCACUCAGGCAGGGAGGGAGGGGAUAUGUUGGUCUGGGAGCUGAUCUCCAAGGGCUGCCCAUGGACACCAGGUGGGCUGGUUCAGUAUCAAGUCAGCCAUGCUGUUCUCUGGCUAAGUGUGGUCCCAGCCAAGCUCAUCGGCUCAUGAGUUCCUCACUGCCUCUUUGGAUCACUAAGACUUGAAUCUCUGGGGACUGUUGAAGGUGUUGGUCUUGCAGAAGCCACAGCCUCAGCUCCUCCCUUGCAGUGGGUUAGGGGCCAUUUACGU